AAAAAAGUACGAUUACUUGCACAAAUGCUCCUACGCGGCCACCCAUCAUCCCCUCUAUAUAUACGGAUUAGGAAAAAUUCCAGGAAGCACAAAAGAGGAGGGAGACACCGAGACAGGGACACGCAAGCUUCAGGCACAAGCCCUACGCCGCCUCGAUCGUCGCUUGUCUUCCAAGAUCCACUCGCACUCGCACACCUUACCUAUAGUUGGUUGCACUUCACCAAGAAGAAUCAGCCAAGGCUUCGUCCGGGCUUGAUCCAUCGAUCGGUCGCUCGCUCGCUCUUGGCGAGGUGGUGAUUAAUGGCGCACUGCGGCGGCGGCGGCGGCGGUCCGGGUCCGGCGGCGUCCGUGGAGAGCCAUUUCCAGGGCCUGCUCGACGACGACGACAAGUACCGCGCAUUGUGCGGCGCCUUCGGGUACCUGCAGCAGCAGGAGUGGCCGGACCUCAGCGGCGCGUGCUACGCGGCCUUCGGCGCGCCGCCGCCGCCGCCGGCGGGCACCAGCAACGGCGCCGGCAACUCCUUCUCCCGCAGCGGCAGCGCCAGCAGCGGCGGCGGCUCCACGAAGAGAAAACCCGACGCGUAUCUGGACGCAAAGGACGGCUGCAAGAGGCCGAGAGGGAAGCAGCAGCUGCGCGAUCCUGACGAGGCCGGAGGGGCGGCGAAGGGGAGGCCGGAGAAGCCCAAGGCGUGCGCCAGGAAGAAGCCGGAGGCGGCGGCCGCCGGCCAGAAGACCGACUACAUCCACGUCCGAGCCCGGCGCGGGCAGGCCACGGACAGCCACAGCCUCGCCGAGCGGGUGAGGCGGGAGAGGAUCAGCGAGCGGAUGAGGUACCUGCAGGAGCUGGUGCCCGGGUGCGACAAGGUCACCGGCAAGGCCGGCAUGCUCGACGAGAUCAUAAACUACGUCCAGUCCCUGCAGAAGCAGGUCGAGUUCCUGUCCAUGAAGAUCGCCGCCGCCAACCCGGUGGUGAACUUCAACAUCGUCGACGACCUCUUCGGUGGCAGGAGGAUGAGCCAGCCGUGCGGCCCCGCGGCGGCCCUGCCCGCCAUGACGCUGCCGAUGCACCAUGGGCAGCUGGACCCGUCCUGCCUUCAGAUGAGCAACACUGCUAUGCAGCAGAUGCAGCAGCCGGCUGCUGGGUUCGGGCUAGACAUGGUCCUCAACCACCCGUACCCGCUCCGGUCGGCGGCUGCCACGCCGGCGUCGGCGUCGGCCGCCACAUCGGUAGAGUCAUGCCUCGAUGUGAACGGAGCUGCCGCUUGGGACAUUGCAUCCCAGAACUUGUUCAGUGGGUUUGAUGCACAGUUUCAGUCAGUUCAAAGUGGCUGUUUGUUAGACAACCUCAAAAUGGAACUGUAAGCAGGAUUAAUUCUCAUUCCUGGAGUUUUAACUGCAACUAUACGUGUGGCUGAAGAUUCUUUAUUCAUAGCAACUGUACUAAUGCAGUAUUCUGUCAGCAAUGAAAACAGAAGCACAUUUGUGUGAAGUUAUAUUCUUGUA